AUGAAAGAUAAUGAUAACAAAGAACAGUUCAUCGAUUCACUAUUAGAAGAAACAAUUAAAAUAAACAACAACAAACCUGUUGAAGUAUCACCAUCAAUAGUACAGCGUUUUCAAGGAAUACUUUAUGCAUUAUUAGCGGCUUUCUUUUACACAAGUUCGAUAUUUAUAACAAAUCAAUUAAACAUAGAGCUACUUCAUGCAUUAGUCCCUCGUUUUCUUCUUCAAACAGUUAUGUUGAUUAUCUAUAUAAAAUUAAUAAAACAUUAUUCAUUAUUUAUACAAUCAAAAAGGCGAGAAACAUUUCUUUUAUUAAUGACGACUACUUUUUCCACAACUGGUUAUUUUGCAUUCUUUUUUGGUUCACGUUAUUUACCAUUACCAGAUUUAACAACAAUACGCUAUACACAAAUUAUGUGGACAAUAGUUAUAGUAGCAGUUAUAUAUUGUGAAAAGCCGUCUAUACCAAUAAUAUUAUCAGUUUUAUUAACGAUCAUUGGUGUUAUAUUUGUCGCUCAACCGAAGUUUUUAUUUGAAGGAAUAUUUAAUAUAACAAAAAAUAACAUUGGAAAUUAUCAUCAACAACAUUUAGUAGGUUUAUUUAUUGCAUUAUAUUCUUCUAUAGCGUUGGCCCUAAUGAUAAUAUCAAAUAAAUAUUUAUUAUCAAAAUAUAAAACAAAGUAUAGUAUAAUAAUGUUCCAAUUUACAUUUCUAUCAUUAUGCAUCAUAGUUAUUUAUUUAUUUUAUGAAUAUUAUUUUCAUGCCGAUAAAAUUCAAUCUUUAAAACAAGAUUUUCUUAAUUGGAAAUAUCUCUGUGCUUCAUUAGUUUGUUUAUUACAAAUAAUUUCAUCAAUAUUUAUACAAAAAUCAGUGAAACGUGAACAUCCAUCAAUAUUUACAAUUGUUCAAUCAAGUGACAUUUUAUUUUCUAUUCUCUUGCAAAAUAUAUUUUCAUCAAUUAAAUCGAAUUUUUUGUCAAUAAUUGGUUCAAUUCUGGUGAUAACAAGUAUAUUAAUCAUAAGUGGAUAUAAACUUAUUACUGAAAUAAAAAACAAAGGCAGUACAGUUCAAACAUUACCGAUUGAGUAA